GUGGGAUAAAAACAACAAAACUAUCAACAACGCAGCAUUGGAUCCCUUUAAUCCCUUUGAUCACUUUUUCAGCCAACAAAUCUUAUUUCAAAUUGAGUUUAGAUCAAACAGGGCGAAAUUGUUAUUGACUAAACAUCAUGGCUAGUGCAUUGCCCGCUGAUGCGCCUGAUACCGCCGCCACCUGCUCCUCCUCCUCCUCCACGCCCACUAAACCACCCACCUGUCUCAUCGUGUUGGGCAUGGCCGGUUCCGGGAAAACCACGUUUGUCCAACGUCUCACUUCAGAUCUCCACGCCCGCAAGAAAUCACCCUACGUGAUCAACUUAGAUCCGGCGUGUUUAGAGGUACCCUACCCAGCCAACAUUGACAUUCGCGACACGGUCAACUACAAGGAGGUCAUGAAGCAAUACGGGCUCGGACCCAAUGGCGGCAUCGUGACGGCCUUGAAUCUCUUCGCUACCAAAUUUGACCAGGUCCUGGAUCUGGUUCAAAAGCGCGCCGGCCUGAGCGAAUUCGUCGUGAUCGACACGCCCGGACAAAUCGAGGUGUUCACUUGGUCAGCCUCGGGCAACAUCAUCACCGAGGCUCUGGCCUCUCAAUGCCCCACCGUGGUGGUGUACGUGAUGGAUUCGGUGCGCUCCACCAAUCCGGUCACGUUCAUGUCCAACAUGUUGUAUGCCUGCAGUAUUUUGUACAAGACCAAGUUGCCUUUUAUCGUGGUGAUGAACAAGAUCGACGUGGUGGACAAUCAGUAUGCCGUGGAAUGGAUGGAGGACUUUGAGUUGUUCCAGGAGGCCUUGAGUCAUGAGACGUCAUAUGUGAGUAACUUGGCCCAGUCACUGUCUCUGGCCUUGGAAGAGUUCUACAGUGUGCUCCGAUCCGUGGGCGUAUCGGCCAUGACAGGCAUGGGUGUGGACAAGUUCUUGGACAAGGUGACCGAAGCGGAACUCGAAUAUGAGACCGAGUACAAAGAGGAAUACCAACGGCUCCGGCGCGAAAAGGACGAGGCCGAAAAAGUCGAGGAGGAGAGGCGAAAAGCGGGCGGGAAAAAAUCGAGUCUCAUUCACUCCAUGCCCAUGGAAUCUGAAUCGGCUAUUUAUUUGCGACAUCCGGGAGAUGAAGAUCAGCCGGAUAGUGAGGAGGAGAGGGACGAUGAAGCCGAGGAGGAGAGUAAAGAACGCGAUUCAUUCCAGAACUAUCUAGCUCGACAUGCUGCCAAGACCAAAGACAAGAUCGAUCAAGUCGCUAAGGAACCUGGCACGAAAUUGUGAUAGUUUGUUGUCAUGAAUCAGAUCAAGUGUUUAAAACAUUUACGGCCUUUGUCUUUAUAAGCCGUGGUUCUUCAUUCACUAGCCUUGUAAAUGUGUGAAAUCGAAACGAGCCGGAAGGUGAAGCAGCAAA